AAGUAGCUGCGGUGGCAGCAGCCGAGAGAGAGGAUCCCCGAACCGAGGAAGAGUUGGUGGGGAAGGGGCCGGGCGUGAAGGUGAAGGCGACAUGGCCGUGAACCUCAGUCGGAACGGGCCGGCGCUGCAGGAAGCCUACCGGCAAGUGGUCACCGAGAAGUCCCCCACGGAUUGGGCCUUGUUUACUUAUGAAGGCAACAGCAAUGAUAUCCGUGUGGCCGGCACUGGAGAAGGUGGCCUGGAAGAGAUGGUGGAGGAGCUAAACAGUGGGAAGGUGAUGUACGCUUUCUGCCGGGUAAAGGACCCAAACUCUGGCCUACCCAAAUUUGUCCUUGUCAACUGGACGGGUGAAGGCGUGAAUGAUGUGCGGAAGGGGGCCUGCGCCAACCACGUCAGCACCAUGGCCAGCUUCCUAAAGGGGGCUCACGUGACCAUCAAUGCUCGGGCGGAAGAGGACGUGGAGCCGGAAUCCAUCAUGCAGAAGGUUGCCAAAGCUUCGGGGGCAAAUUAUAACUUCCACAAAGAGAGUAGCCGCUUCCAAGACUCAGGCCCCCAGGCUCCAGUGGGCUCCGUGUACCAAAAAACCAAUGCUGUGUCUGAGAUCAAAAGGGUCGGGAAGGACAGCUUCUGGGCCAAAGCAGAGAAAGACGAGGAGAAUCGGCGGCUGGAGGAGAAGCGCCGGGCCGAGGAGGAGCACCAGCGGCUGGAGCAGGAGCGCCGGGAGCGGGAGCUGCAGGAGGCAGCCGACCGAGAGCGGCGCUACCAGGAGCACGCCCACGAGAUCGAGGCGCAGAGGAAGUAUGAGCAGGACCAGGAAAAGAUUUCAAAGGAGCAGCAGGAGGCAGCAUCUUAUCGACCAACAAACCCACGGGAUAUUUUUAAGCAGAAGGAGAGAGCAAUGUCCACGACCUCCAUCAUGGGCCCUCAGCCAGGCAAGAUUCGGAGCCCCUUCCUGCAGAGGCAGCACACCCAGCCAGAAGUUUCUGUUAGCAGAGAAGUCACCCCGGUUUCCCCAGGGCCUGCAACAAAUUUGCAAGUACAGCCGAGCCCUGCUGCUGCCCCUCCUUCUCCAGAGCAGGUGGAAGAAGAAAACUUGUAUGAGAAGCCCCCGGAGCAAGACAAUCUCUAUGAGGAGCCCCCACAGGAAGAGGAGGAGGUUACUUAUGAGUAUACUGAUCACUACAAGCCGGGACCAGAGCUGGGCCAGAAAGGACUCUGUGCCAGGGCCCUGUACGACUACCAGGCCGCCGACGACACAGAGAUCUCCUUUGACCCUGAGAACCUCAUCACGGGAAUCGAGGUGAUCGACGAGGGCUGGUGGCGUGGCUAUGGCCCAGACGGCCACUUCGGCAUGUUCCCUGCCAACUACGUGGAGCUCAUCGAGUGAGGGCCGCCUGUGGCUGCCGUUCUGGACUCCGCAGGCCAUCCCCCCACUCCGACGCAGCUUGCCGCCUGCCCUGGAGAUUGGGUGCUGGGCUGGCACCAACUCACAAGAGACCCUGGGGCUAGGGAGAUGGGGACCUGUAAACCCCCCACCUCAACUCCACAAGAUUUUUUUUUCUUUUUGCUGAAGUGGCGAGGUGACCCCGUUCAGUGCCUUUCCAGGCUUUUUGGGGUCCCUUCUGCUGGCCUGUGGUUUGGUCUCCCCAAUUACAGCAAUAACCUGGUGAUUUCACAUCCUCAGAGGGAGGCCUGGGCCCGUCUGCUCUGCCAGGAUCCCCUAAACUUCUGUCCCUGUUGGUGGUGAUUAGACCAAGCCCUGUUCCCCUUCACAGCCUCUGAGGCCUCCAGGCUUCCCCAGCACCUCCUCAAAGCGGGGGAGUGGAGUCUGGCCCUGUCUUUGGUUUCCUCUUGCUUUUAAGGGGUGAUGGCUGCAACGCUUGUUACUAAAGACCUUUGGGUAGAAUGAACUUAGGCAGUGAUUUUAUUUUCACAUAUGACCCAAUCGGCCUGGGUUACUGUGGCUUGAAGGCAGUUUGGGACUUGGUUCUUGGGUUUUGGUUUUUUUAAAUCUGCCACUAUCUCCAUUCUGUUCUUCUGUUCUCUUGGCCCCAGUGUGGGGGGUCAAGGUUAACAGCCUAUACCCGUGGAGUACAUGAAUCAAAUGUGUGAAAAUUUCUACAAACACGACACACCCUUCAAUGUGA